AUGGUUACGAAGCCAGCGACGCUGGCAAAAUUCGAGGAGUGGUAUGGCGUAUGGCGCCCAUUCACGCCGCGUCCAUUUACACAGGAGGGCACUGGAAAGCGUGGUGAUCGAACGCGCCGCGCAGAUGAUUUUGGAGCGCGCAUGGAAAGUCGGCGCUCUCAGCGGGGCGGUGCAGCGGCGGGUGCCGCGGUUCGUGCAUCGCACAAAGAGCUGGAGCGUCCUGCGUUUGGGCGUAUGCGGAGCCAAGAGGAUGCGCCUCUCGGCUGGCGCCGCGUUGGGGCACAGCCAGAGGGCGACGCUUCGUUGCGUACCUCAGUGCCUGCAUGGAUGGCAGAGGAAGGCAGUGCGCCGCCGCCGCCAACUGCGGGCCGAGUAGACAGUAUCCAGCAAUUCAAGGCGCAGAUGCGCGAGAAGGAGCGGCGUGAGCGUGGUGAGCCGUCGGACGAGCAACAGCGCAGCAUGUACGAGGACUUGUCGAACAUCCAUGAGGAUGAUGCCGUAAACGAGCGCUCCAGUCGGUUUGCACGAUUUUUUGAUGUACGCAGCGAAGGUUCCAAGGGCAGCGCUCCUGCGCAGAGCGAGACGCAGGCGCCGCAGGCUGGGUCGUUUGACCUGUUCAAUAUUCUCCAAAAUGCAGGCUCGCAAAGUGGACCGUCUUUGGAGCGCGAAUUGCCUGCUCCGCAGGAUCAACAAGCGCCAUCAGCGGCACCGCUUAUGGGUGGGCCAUCGGGGCCGUCGGCGAAGGAUAUGGCGAGCAUGCAAGUGCUUAUGGCUAAGCUGAUGGGCCAGCGCGCGCCGGCAAGUCCAGGCGCUGCACACACGGCCUCGCCCCAACUGGGGACGCCGCAGCGUGUCACUGCGCGGCAAGCGCGGCCAGCGGAGGCGCAGCCUGAGACGAGCGCCCCGGGAAUGGCAUUUUUCAACCAGCUCUUGAGCCAGGCGGCGCGAUCGCACGACAAGACGAAACAGGCCCAGGCGCCUGUAGCGCAUCCUGUCCGCCCGCCGAUCCCCCCUGUGCUGCCGCCGGACGCUGGAAAUGGGCCGGCGCCUGGGAUGUGGAUUCCCCCGCCGAACAUGGGAUUUCCGCCUGGGGCGCAGAUGCCGCCGCCGCCGGGCCUGUUGGGCACACAGCCGAAUUGGCCAGGAGGCGGACCUCGGCCGCCAGGUAUGUCCAUGCCGCGUCCGCCGCCUGGAAUUCCUGCUGGGAUGGGCGCGCAUUAUGGCGCCGUGUUGCAUGGGCCGCCAGGACUGCCACAGGGCGGCCCGGGGCGGCCGAUGCCAUGGCUUAUGGGACACAUGGAGCGAGGUGCUCGGCAGGAGUGA